AUGCUCUUCUCUCAAUAAUAAGAUUACAACCCUAGAGAUAUUUACUAACCUUCUUCUAUGAGUUAUGGGGCUGGAAUAUUCAAACCUUAGAAUCAGCAACCCUAUCAUAACCAAUAACCAAGGACUAGGGCAGAAAGAGUAAUUGAUAUUGUUAAUGAUUUAGGACUAUUUAAAAGAAGUCAACUCUUAACAAGCUGUUAUGCAAUCAAGAUGUAAACACUUAUUUAAAGUUUGAAGAAUUUGACACACCAUAAAAAGAAGACAUGAAAGCUCUACUACAUAGUCCAGCUCCAAAUACUACUUUAUUUUAAUAGGGUAAUACUAAUAUACAUCUUGUAGAAUAAGAAAGGUUUUUAAAGGAUUUUGCUGCAUAAGACAAAUAACAAAGGGAAUAUUAAAAUAAAUAAAAACAGUUAUAAUAUGAAUCAAGAAGAUUGGCUAAUUUAGAGAGAGAAGGUAUGAUUUGGUAGAGAAAUGAGUUACAUCAAUAGAAAGUAUAUAUUUUCAUAAAUAUCAAGGAUGAAUUAAAAAGACAAUACCAUUAAGAGUAAUUUACAUAAGGAAAAAGAAAUUUAAAUGGAUUAGCUUAUAAUCCAUUGACUUUAGAGUAUGCUUAGAAUGAAUAGGGAUAAGCAUUAAAAAGAUAAGAUGAGAUGACUUAGGUAAGAUAAUUAGUAAGAGCAUAAAAUUUAGAUAAUAGAGCAAACUGUGGAUAUAAUUUAUUAACAGGUAUAGAAAUUAAAUUCUAAUUCAAAGGUGAGAAUCGUAAAGGAGUGGAAGAAAUAGUACCUGAUGAUCUUAGAGGCCAUUACUAAAAUAAAAUGUAAGAAAGAGAUAAUCAAUUAAAUAUUAAACACUAUGCUCUUUAGUAAUAAUUAUUAUCUAAAUAAUAUUGA